GAGCCGAGAGGGAGUGGCGGAGAGCGAGAGUGUGUAUAUAUAUAUAUAUAUAUAUACACACUCAGACUUCAGAGGGUUGAGAAAAGGGCGCCGUUUGCCUUUCCCCUCCCCCUGCGGGCGCGCGAGAGAGUGAUACGGAGAGCGAAAAACCCUAGCCUUGGGAGAGAGAGAAGGAUGGCCUCCGUCGUCGACGCCGAGAGGAGGUUCGAGUUUCCCAAUAUAUUAAUCUCCGUGCAUUCUCCUUCAUCUUCCGCUUCUUGCCCGCCUCCUCCACCGUCUUCUUCUUCGUCGUCUUCGCCGCCGUCUUUUUCACCAUCAACUGCUUCGGCUUCGUCUUCGUCUUCUUCGUCGCCGUCUGGGAAGUCCGAGGUGGUUGCCCGUUUUAGUGCGGAUGGAGACGCCAUCCGGCUACGGUUCCAUCAGGGGAAUGAUGACGUGGUCGUGGAGUUUGACCUUGGGAGUUCUCAGAUUCUCGCCCUAAGUCCUACAGAAUCAAUAUGCAUUGACAAUUUUCACUCAAAUAAGUUGAAGAGAUCUUAUUCUAGGGCAGUUACUAUGACAUUUAGAACAGAAGAAGAAAGCCAAUCCUUCCACCAAGCAUUUGAACAGUGGAAAUGUGCAGGUGGUGAAUCAGGGGCUGUAUCACAGCUGGAGAAGGGAUUUGUAUCUACUAAUAGAAGCAAGUUUGAUGAAAAAAUCGAGUCAGCAUCUGCUAAAAUGUACUUUCAUUACUAUGGACAGCUGCUGCACCAGCAAAACAUGUUGCAAGAUUAUGUGAGGACAGGUACAUAUUAUGCUGCAGUGAUUGAGAACCGUGUAGAUUUUCAGGAUCGUAUAGUGGUUGAUGUUGGUGCUGGCAGUGGUAUCCUUUCCUUGUUUGCAGCUCAGGCUGGAGCAAAGCAUGUUUACGCCAUUGAGGCAUCUGAUAUGGUAGACUAUGCACGCCAACUGAUUUCAGGCAACCCACUGCUGGAGCAGCGAAUAACGGUUGUCAAGGGAAAAGUUGAAGAGGUGGAGUUGCCUGAGAAAGCUGAUAUCCUAAUCUCUGAACCCAUGGGCACCUUGUUAGUCAAUGAAAGGAUGUUGGAGUCAUAUGUGAUAGCGAGAGAUCGUUUUCUUACAUCAGACGGCAAAAUGUUUCCAACACUUGGCAGGAUACACAUGGCACCAUUUAGCGAUGAAUAUCUUUAUGUUGAAAUUGCAAAUAAGGCUCUUUUUUGGCAGCAGAAUAAUUACUACGGUGUUGACCUUACUCCCUUGUAUGGUUCUGCAUUCAAGGGAUAUUUUGCUCAGCCUGUGGUUGACGCAUUUGAUCCAAGAUUAUUGGUUGCUCCAGCUGUAUUUCAUACUCUGGAUUUCUCUAGGAUGAAGGAGGAGGAUCUCUACGAAAUUGACAUCCCACUUCAUUUUGUAGCUUCUGUUGGCACUAGAGUCCAUGGUCUCGCAUGCUGGUUUGAUGUGCUAUUUGAUGGAAGUUCGGUGCAGCGGUGGCUGACCACGGCUCCUGGUGCUCCAACAACCCAUUGGUAUCAAUUGCGAUGUGUGCUUUCCCAGCCUCUCUAUGUCAUGGCUGGGCAAGAGAUUACAGGGCAGCUUCAUUUGGUUGCUCACAAUGCACAGAGCUACACGAUGCACCUUACCAUGACAACAAAAAUGUGGGGUGCUGGUGCUGAACAAGGAGGGGUAAUCCAAAUGUCAAGUGGGAAAAUGGACUUGAAGGAACCCUAUUAUCGGAUGUCACAACCACAGCCCUAUGCAUGGGUUCAAGAUCAACAGCCUCAUCAACUCAUGCAGUCGCAGUGUGAACAGGAAACGGCUCUUCUGUCUCAGGAUGUUAGCAGCUCUGGUGUAAUAUCAACCCAGGGUUCAGGUCCUUGACUUCUAAUGUAAUAGAAAAUGACCUAGUUGAUCAACUUUUCCUUCGGGAAAAAUUCAUACCACAAGCUUGUUGCAGGUCUGCUCCCUUCACCUUGUUUGGGGUCCUGAAAUUUAUUGUAAGCCUAUAACUAAUCAUUGAUUAGGCAGAAAGGUUGGUUGUUGUAACCUAGUGUUAUGUGGUACUGCCAAAUUUCUAUGUUUUUCUGAAUGGGGAUUUGGCUCAUGGAUGGUAUGUGUUUCUGAAAUGGUCAAAUAAAUGUGAAAUUAUAUUCUGACAAAUAA